AUGCAGGUUACUCCCGAUUUCCAGGCGUGUGAGCUGAAAUGUAGUGGACCCUAUCUACAUCAGCAGAAACAACAUUGCCGCGAUAUUUAUCAAACCCCACCUCAUGAAGGACUGGUUCGUAAAGCAUGCGUCAUUAAAGCAUCCUCCAACUCUUCAUCUGCAUUAAACCAUAACGUUACCGCUUUAGUGUCGAAAUUGACACUGCAUCCUCAAAACAAAAGAAUCAAUAACUCCAUCAGUUCCAUCAGUGGAUUUCUAGUUGAAGUGUUAAAGAGAUCCAAGAGUAAUAGACAUACCACAUCAUUGGCAUCUUUCUAUUUUACAAGAUUGAUGCAAGCCGAAAAGUUUGAUGCGUUACCAGAAUUUGCCCAAUGUGCUAAGAGAGUAUUCCUUAUUUGUCUUAUUCUAGCCCACAAGUUCUUAACGGAUAAUACGUUUAGUGCUGAAACCUGGUCGAAAAUCUCAGGCUUACCAAAGAAAACUCUCAGUGACAUGGAGAGAUGGGUUCUAAAAAAGUUGGACUACAAUCUUUUCGUCGAAGCAGAAACUAUGACCAAGUGGAAUACAGAAUUGCUAUCUCAGACAACUAUUACUCUUUCCCAUGGCCUGAAAAGGUAUAGGAGGGACGAAGAACAGGAAGACGUCAAUUUGAUUGCCUCGUCAAAAAAAGUGAAAGUUGUGUAA